UAUCGGUGCAGGGUCCGUUUCCAUUAUGGCCAUCCUGACAUAUUGACAGAAUCUUUCACAUAACAAGAGGUGGUGUGAGCAAGGCUUCUAAAGUGAUAAACUUGAGUGAAGAUAUCUUCGGAGGGUUCAACUCAACUUUACGUGGUGGAUACGUUACACAUCAUGAGUACAUUCAAGUUGGAAAGGGACGAGAUGUGGGGUUGAACCCUAUCUCCAUUUUCGAAGCGAAAGUAGCAAAUGGGAAUGGUGAGCAAACACUAAGUCGUGAUGUUUACCGUUUAGGACAUAGGUUCGACUUUUACAGGAUGCUCUCAUUCUAUUUCACGACAAUUGGAUUCUACUUCAGUAGCAUGCUCACGGUGAUUACGGUUUAUGCAUUCUUGUAUGGUCGUAUGUACAUGGUCAUGAGUGGAGCAGAGAAAGAGAUCUUAAGGCUCGCAACCCCGAAUCAGCUAGCUGCUCUUGAGCAGGCUCUAGCUACACAGUCAAUAUUUCAGCUAGGGUUCUUGAUGGUGUUGCCUAUGGUAAUGGAGAUAGGCUUGGAGGAAGGCUUUCGCUCGGCUAUUGUCGAUUUCUUCAUAAUGCAGCUGCAACUAGCUUCCGUGUUCUUCACGUUCCAGCUUGGGACAAAGUCACAUUACUACGGGAGAACAAUCUUACACGGCGGGUCCAAAUACAGACCAACGGGUCGUGGCUUUGUUGUGUUCCACGCCAAGUUUGCUGAGAACUAUAGGUUAUACUCGAGAAGUCACUUUGUGAAGGGACUAGAGCUACUUCUGUUGCUGAUAGUUUAUCAAGUCUAUGGUCAUUCAUACCGGAGUUCAAACCUUUAUCUAUACAUAACAGUCUCCAUGUGGUUCAUGGUUGGUUCUUGGUUGUUUGCGCCGUUCAUAUUCAAUCCUUCAGGGUUUGAGUGGCAAAAGACGGUUGAUGAUUGGACUGAUUGGAAACGAUGGUUGGAUGAUCGUGGUGGUAUAGGUAUACCAGUUGAUAAAAGCUGGGAAUCUUGGUGGAGUGUAGAGCAAGAAUAUCUCAAACAUACUAAUAUUAGAGGGAGGAUCUUGGAGAUCACACUUGCUCUUCGCUUCUUCAUUUAUCAGUAUGGGAUUGUUUACCAGCUCAAUAUCUCUCAGAACAGCAAAAGCUUUUUGGUUUAUGGACUCUCUUGGGUGUUUUGCUCACAUCAUUACUUGUGCUAAAGAUGGUAUCUAUGGGAAGAAGAAAAUUUGGAACAGAUUUUCAGCUAAUGUUCAGGAUUCUUAAGGCACUUCUCUUCCUAGGAUUCUUGUCAGUCAUGACAGUGUUGUUUGUUGUGUGUGAACUCACUCUCACUGAUCUCUCUGCUUCCAUUCUUGCUUUUCUUCCAACUGGUUGGGCCAUUCUUCUGAUUGGGCAAGUACUGAGGUCACCUAUCAAAGCUUUGGGGAUUUGGGACUCGGUGAAGGAGCUGGGAAGAGCUUAUGAGAAGAUAAUGGGGCUUGUCAUCUUUGCACCAAUAGCUGUUCUGUCUUGGUUCCCUAUUGUUUCUGAGUUCCAAGCUCGUCUUCUUUUCAACCAAGCUUUUAGCAGAGGCCUUCAGAUCUCUAUGAUCCUCGCAGGUCGGAAAGACAAAGCAGCUUCUUCCUACAAGUAGCCCAAAAACAUACUUUGCUACUGUCUCUGUUCUUAGGUUUCUUGAGCCUGAAGCAACAACAAACGGUGUCGUUUAUGAUAGUUCAAUAGCUGUCUAUAAUAGGGUUUCGUUGGACUUGGACACCUCACUCUCAUCAUCAUCAUUCAUGUGUUGUACUUAUCACCAUGAUUUUGACAUAUUUUCUUUAAUAAUAUAGCAAUAUUGAUUU